GAAGGCAAUGCAAGCAUGCUGCUUGCAACAGCACAGUGGGUGGACGGUCCACAGGGUAGCAGCGGAGAGCUUCCUGGCCCCUGAUCGGCCUUUGUCCCAGUGCCUUCCCUACAGUCUGGGCGACCAGUCCUUGUGGGCAGGAAACGUUCCACAACCAGAGGAUUGGUUGAGGGCAUGGCGAGCCUGCAAGACACCAUCUUCCUUCAAGGCAGCUCUAGCCUUCUUCUCGACUGAAGAUUACAGCAGGGGCCUCAAGAACAUGAUUUGUGUCCUGCACUGGGCAGUGAAAGAUUUGCGCAUCAAGAAACUCAUGCAGUCCAAGAACAUCAGCAUUUCCGUUGAUGACAGGAAGGAGUACAGAGUAGUGCGCUAUAAGUGCAGCGUGCCUGUUGCAGAGGUGAAGGACCCGGAAGACGCAUCACAAGAAGGGUCCAAGGUCCAAGGUAUGCCUUCUUUAGAGGAGUGGGUAGCACAGGGUCCAUUGUCGUCAGAAGGAGUCCUUGGCAUCUUCAAGGUGGGUGUGGAUGCUUCUGCAGAAAGCCACGACAUGGACAAGUCGGAGUCUAUGGCGCAGAGCAUUUGGGAGAUUUUGAGGCGAAUGUGUCAAGACCCUGAAGGGCAUUGCAACUCAGAAGCCCUCGACCAUGUGGCCCAAAGCAUCCGGCAUUUCUCAUCCGACCAAGGGCCAAACGUUGCGAAGGUGGGUAAGCUCCUGGCUUCCAGCGGUAAGUUCCCAAACCUCGUCUACCUGAGUUUUGAUGCCGCCCACCAAAUACGAAUCGCUUCCAAAGACCCAUUGAAUGCUUUGCCGGCUUUCCAUCAACAGUUCCACCGCCUCUUUUCUGGGCCCGACGCUCUCCUCCCUGCGAUUCAGCACAGCAAAGCUUGGCAAUCCAAACUACUCACUUGCCAAAAGAUGGUUCUGGAAGCUCAUGGAACACAGGGAGGCUUGGACAGGGCCUUGCAGUCCUUGAGCUACGCUCCUCACAGAUUCGAUUCUGCAGCCACCCCGCUCUUCAAGUUCUGCAGCCUCAUCAGGGCCAUGGCGUUUCUUUGCGGUAUGCAGGCUGCCGAUGCACGGAACCAACAGAAGGUUCGGCAUCUGGCUGAGGAGGCUUUGCAGCAUAUGGUGGCACCAGAGCUUAUGCGUGCAGCUGUCACUGCUGAUUACACAGCGGAGUGCCUGGGCUUUCUCCGAUCUGGCUUCGACAUUUCAGACCCAGACCCUGCCACUGUGGUCGACCUCCUGCGUGCCUUUGACACCCGCAUGAGAUCGCUGUUUGUUGACGGCUUGAUUUUGUCCAAAGCGCUGCCCCCACAGAGCGAUGAUGGAUUUUGCCAGAAAACUGCAUCCCAAAUGGUUUUCGAUGAGGUGGACAAUCCUGAGCCGAUUUACUAUGGCAACCGCGUGCACUAUUUGAGCACCAAAGCCACAGCCCCCGAGAUCAGAAAGAUCAUGGACUCCAUGUGCCUCGUUGUUCAGACAAUGCUGAAGAGACUUCAGGCUGAUCUGGCAGAGGAUGAAAUUGCAAUUAGGCUCUGCAAAGCCCUCCGCGUAGGUGAUAGAAGCACUGCGUCCAGUCUUGCAGCAGUAGCCCAAACCUUGGCCAGGGUGUUUGAAGCUGCCAAGAAGCAGGCUUUGGAGGUCACAAACAGGAUUGGUUGGAGCUGGGCAUUGGAUUCCAGGUGGCGCAACAAGUACCUACCAAGACUGGCUUGGACACCUGAGUGUCAGCAGCUGGUGGAGUUCUAUCUCUCACUCAAGUUGAACACAACGACCCUAGAGCGUGAUCUCAGCGAACUUUUGGCACAGCUGUCGGCGCAUUCUGGGCCUCUCUCUUCUUGUGGAUCGACCAUUUCGCCAAUUCUGGAAGUAAGCCUAGAAGGGCCACAGAGAGAAGAAGAUCUGUUCCUUCGAAGUGAGGCUCCAGGAGGGCCACUGGUUCCAACUGACUUCGCGCGCUUGUGUGCCAAGCUCUGGCUCCAACACUUUGGGCGUCGCUUUCGGUUUGUGUACCGGAAAGAGCCAGCCACAGCAGAUGGUAGAAAAGGUCCACGGUCCAAGGUCCAUGGCCAACAGCAUGAUCCAAGGUCAUUGGUGGGCAGACUUCAGGGGAGGACCCAAGCAGCAAGCAAUGCUGCUGCGAGAUCAGGGCCGCACGAAAGCUUUGUUCCUGGCUUGCGCUUGCCUUUAAGCCAGCCUGCUCCGCCCCUCCCUGGAACUCGUUGGGCUUCUGCUAUGGACAGCAGCGCAAAGGCCUCUCUGGAAAACUUCGUGAAGAACACUGAUCGGAAAAAGCAGCGUACCUGUGUCGGCAUUGAUUUCCCGCAUUGUAACUUUUUAAUUCCUCCCACUCAAGCGUCUUUUGGGGCAGGUAGUUUACCAUGUUUUGCAUGGACCAGCCUUUGCUCUUCAAAAAGGUCACGCAGAGGCUGCAAAUCUUCGGGCGCAGGGCAAGCAGCCUUAUGUGCCAACGCAUCCUGUUUUGGGUGGCCUUCGAGUCAGCAAGCAACCUUUUCUGACCAAGCUUGCCGUCAUGGUUGGCAUGCACAGGCCUGUGAAGAUCUUGCCCAUCUACCAGCGCUAUAG